GAGGCCGCCGAGCAAGCGCGCCCGCCCGGCCCGUCCCGGCCGCCCUGCCCCAUGCCCCAGCGGCGCUGAGCCUCCCGCAGCCCGAACAUGGCCACCACGGCAACGUGCACCCGCUUCACCGACGAGUACCAGCUCUACGAGGAGCUUGGCAAGGGAGCCUUCUCUGUGGUCCGCAGAUGCGUAAAGAAAAGUUCGUCACAGGAAUAUGCUGCAAAAAUCAUCAACACCAAAAAACUGUCAGCCAGAGAUCACCAGAAACUGGAACGUGAAGCUCGAAUCUGCCGACUUCUAAAGCAUCCAAAUAUUGUGCGGCUCCAUGACAGUAUUUCAGAAGAAGGUUUCCAUUACCUCGUCUUUGAUCUGGUUACUGGUGGGGAGCUCUUUGAGGAUAUUGUUGCCAGAGAAUACUACAGUGAAGCAGAUGCCAGCCACUGUAUUCAUCAGAUACUGGAGAGUGUGAAUCACAUUCACCAGCAUGAUAUCGUGCACAGGGACUUGAAGCCUGAGAAUUUACUACUGGCAAGUAAAUGUAAGGGUGCUGCUGUCAAACUGGCUGACUUCGGACUGGCUAUAGAAGUCCAGGGAGAGCAGCAGGCCUGGUUUGGGUUUGCUGGCACUCCAGGCUACCUCUCCCCUGAAGUCUUAAGAAAAGAUCCUUAUGGAAAACCAGUGGAUAUAUGGGCAUGUGGAGUGAUUCUGUACAUAUUACUAGUGGGGUACCCUCCCUUUUGGGAUGAAGAUCAGCACAAACUCUAUCAGCAGAUCAAAGCCGGAGCCUAUGACUUCCCAUCACCUGAGUGGGACACUGUGACUCCUGAAGCAAAGAAUUUGAUCAACCAGAUGCUGACGAUAAACCCAGCAAAGCGCAUCACAGCUGACCAGGCUCUCAAACAUCCAUGGGUCUGCCAACGAUCCACUGUCGCUUCGAUGAUGCACAGGCAGGAGACUGUGGAAUGCUUGAGAAAGUUCAAUGCUAGAAGGAAGCUAAAGGGUGCAAUCCUCACGACGAUGCUUGUGUCUCGGAAUUUUUCAGCUGCCAAAAGCCUACUGAACAAGAAGUCAGACGGAGUGAAGAAAAGGAAGUCGAGCUCCAGUGUGCAUUUGAUGAGCAACAACAAAACCAGUAUAGUAAGCACUGCAAAAGAAACACCCCCAGUGCAGACGUCCAUGGAGCCUCAAACAACUGUUGUCCAUAAUGCUACAGAUGGCAUAAAGGGUUCCACAGAGAGCUGUAACACCACGACCGAAGAUGAGGAUCUGAAAGCUCCCCCUCUCUCCACCGGGGACGGCAGCUCAGUGCUUGAAGGACGGAGGCACAGUGAGAGCAAAACACAGACUGAGUCCAUGCAGUCCCAGCUUUCUCUCUGUUUCUCAGCCAUGCGUAAGCAAGAGAUCAUUAAGAUAACAGAGCAGCUCAUAGAAGCCAUCAACAAUGGAGACUUUGAGGCUUAUACAAAAAUCUGUGAUCCUGGCUUGACCUCAUUUGAACCUGAAGCACUGGGGAACCUGGUUGAAGGAAUGGAUUUCCAUAAGUUUUACUUUGAGAACUUACUGUCGAAGAACAGCAAGCCAAUACACACCACCAUCCUGAACCCUCACGUCCAUGUCAUUGGUGAGGAUGCUGCCUGCAUCGCGUACAUCCGCCUGACACAGUACAUCGACGGCCAAGGCCGGCCCCGCACCACGCAGUCUGAAGAGACCCGCGUCUGGCACCGCCGAGAUGGCAAGUGGCUGAAUGUCCACUACCAUUGCUCUGGAGCUCCUGCAGCACCUCUCCAGUGAGGAUCAAAUACGGCAACUUGUGGAGAUACUCAGCUGGAGGGCAAUAUCUUCUUAGCAAGCAGCUCUGGAGUGCCUGAGU